UAUCACUUAAGAUAUCAAGUCGAUAUGCAUCAAAAUUGAUGCUUAGCAAUAGUAAUAAUGAAGAAGGAGGAAGUGAUAGACUAUUGAUUAAAACAAAGGUGUACUAUACUUAUCUAUCUGGUCUACUAUUACCAUUCAUAUUAAUGGGUAUAUUUACUAUCCUAUUAAGUAGUAUGUUCUUUAUACAUAAUAAUACUAUAACUGUUUAUGCAUCAUUUAUAUUCUUAGUUAUUGUUAGAGGUUUAUUAUAUAGUCCAUGUAUUAGUUUCUUACUGAUUGCUUUCCCUGUACGCUAUUUUGGUACAUUGAAUGGGAUAACUAGUAUAUUAACUGGACUAUUCAGUUUAUUACAACAUACUUUGAUAUAUGUUGAUGUCAGUAUUAUUAAUAUUAUCUCAUUAAUAAUAUCAAUAUGUAUUUUUAUCCCAUGUAUUGUAUUAUUCAAAUUGAAAGGUUAAU